AUGCAGCUGCAGGCAGGUCCCAGGAUCCUGACGAUUCUGGGGAAUUCAGCAGUCCUUGCUACCGCAGUGAAGCGCUCUUCCCAUCUCAAGUCACCCGAGCUGCUUAUAAUAAAUUUAGCCGUAACGGAUCUUGGAAUGGCCAUCAGCAUGUACCCGCUGGCCAUUGCCUCAGCAUGGAACCAUGCCUGGCUGGGAGGAGAUGCGUCCUGUAUAUAUUAUGCCCUGAUGGGUUUCCUCUUCGGCGUCUCCAGCAUGAUGACCUUGUGUAUGAUGGCUGUGAUCCGGUUCCUUGUAACCAACUCAUCCACAUCUAAUAGCAAUACAAUCAACAAGAAUGCCGUUCGCAUUUCGAUUGCGUUCAUCUGGCUGUGCUCGCUCCUCUGGGCCAUUCUGCCUUUGCUGGGUUGGGGUUAUUAUGGCCCCGAACCGUUCGGCAUCUCCUGCACGAUAGCGUGGAGCGAAUUCCACAACUCCGCCAACGGCUUCUCGUUCAUCCUGAGCAUGUUCAUCCUGUGCACACUCCUGCCUGCGCUGACCAUCCUCAUCUGUUACUUGGGCAUAGCGUGGAAGGUUCACAAAGCAUAUCAAGAGAUACAGAAUUUUGACAGGAUCCCUAAUGCGGUUAAGCUGGAAAGGAGGCUGACACUGAUGGCCGUGCUUGUCAGCGUCGGAUUCCUUGGCGCCUGGACACCCUACGCAGCCGUCAGCUUCUGGUCCAUCUUUAACUCCAGCAAUUCUCUACAUCCUGUCAUUACGCUACUGCCGUGUCUGUUCGCCAAGUCUUCAACAGCUUAUAACCCUUUCAUUUACUACGUCUUCAGCAAAACUUUCCGGCGUGAAAUUAAGCAAAUGAAGUGUUGCUGUGGCUGGCGAGCUCACUUCUUUAACACAGAGAACUCGAUCGAAAACCACGUGUCGAUGAUGUGGAUGGGUAGAGAAAACAUACGUGCUUGUCCAACUGCAAAGGCGAACUACGGGGAGGCCUCAACCCAAUGA